GGCGGCGGCUGGGCACCGCCAUUUUGGCCGGUGGCCGUAGGAACACGUUGUGUGGCCGAGAAGUGAAAGCAAGAACUGAUUUGGCCUCUGCGUUCCCCUCCGCAAGGGGAAUCUGUUUCUCCAGUGCUGUUAACAAAAAAUUCAUCAUGGCCAUAUUGUAAAUUCCCAGAGGAACUGGAUAUUCUUACUUCCUUAGAAUUAUGGCGGAUAAAUUAACAAGAAUUGCUAUUGUCAACCAUGACAAAUGUAAACCUAAGAAGUGUCGGCAGGAGUGCAAAAAGUGUUGCCCUGUGGUUCGAAUGGGAAAAUUAUGCAUAGAGGUUGUCUCCCAGAGCAAAAUAGCAUGGAUUUCUGAAACUCUUUGUAUUGGUUGUGGUAUUUGUAUUAAAAAGUGCCCCUUUGGCGCCUUAUCAAUUGUCAAUUUACCAAGCAACUUGGAAAAAGAAACAACACACCGAUAUUGUGCCAACGCCUUCAAGCUUCACAGGUUGCCUAUUCCUCGUCCGGGUGAAGUUUUGGGAUUAGUUGGAACUAAUGGUAUUGGAAAGUCAACUGCUUUAAAAAUUUUAGCAGGAAAGCAAAAGCCAAACCUUGGAAAAUAUGAUGACCCACCUGAUUGGCAAGAAAUUUUGACUUACUUCCGUGGAUCUGAAUUGCAAAAUUACUUUACCAAGAUUCUUGAAGAUGACCUAAAAGCCAUUAUCAAACCUCAGUAUGUAGACCAGAUUCCCAAGGCUGCAAAGGGGACAGUGGGGUCUAUUUUGGACCGGAAAGAUGAAACAAAGUCACAAGCAGUUGUAUGUCAGCAGCUCGAUUUAACCCAUCUAAAAGAACGCAAUGUUGAAGAUCUUUCAGGAGGAGAGUUGCAGAGAUUUGCCUGUGCUGUCGUUUGUAUACAGAAAGCUGAUAUUUUAAUGUUUGAUGAACCUUCUAGUUACCUAGAUGUCAAGCAGCGUUUAAAGGCUGCUAUUACUAUACGAUCUCUAAUAAAUCCAGAUAGAUAUAUCAUUGUGGUGGAGCAUGAUCUAAGUGUAUUAGACUAUCUCUCUGACUUCAUCUGCUGUUUAUAUGGCGUACCAAGUGCUUACGGUGUUGUCACUAUGCCUUUUAGUGUAAGAGAAGGCAUAAACAUUUUUUUGGAUGGCUACGUUCCAACAGAAAACUUGAGAUUCAGAGAUUCAUCACUUGUUUUUAAAGUAGCUGAGACAGCAAAUGAAGAAGAAGUUAAAAAGAUGUGUAUGUAUAAAUAUCCUGGAAUGAAGAAAAAGAUGGGAGAGUUUGAGCUAGCAAUUGUAGCUGGAGAGUUUACAGAUUCUGAAAUCAUGGUGAUGUUGGGGGAAAAUGGUACUGGUAAAACGACAUUUAUCAGAAUGCUUGCUGGGAGACUUAAACCUGAUGAAGGAGGGGAAGUACCAGUUUUAAAUGUCAGUUAUAAGCCACAGAAAAUCAGUCCCAAAUCAACCGGAAGUGUUCGCCAGCUACUACAUGAAAAGAUCAGAGAUGCUUACACUCAUCCACAAUUUGUGACUGAUGUAAUGAAGCCUCUGCAAAUUGAAAACAUCAUCGAUCAGGAGGUGCAGACAUUAUCUGGUGGUGAACUGCAGCGAGUAGCUUUAGCUCUUUGUUUGGGCAAACCUGCUGAUGUGUAUUUAAUUGAUGAACCAUCUGCAUAUUUGGAUUCUGAGCAAAGAUUGAUGGCUGCUCGAGUUGUCAAACGUUUCAUACUCCAUGCUAAGAAGACAGCCUUUGUUGUGGAACAUGACUUCAUCAUGGCCACCUAUCUAGCAGAUCGAGUCAUUGUUUUUGAUGGUGUUCCAUCUAAGAACACAGUUGCAAACAGUCCUCAAACCCUUUUGGCUGGCAUGAAUAAAUUUUUGUCUCAGCUUGAAAUUACAUUCAGAAGAGAUCCAAACAACUAUAGGCCAAGAAUAAACAAACUCAAUUCGAUUAAGGAUGUAGAACAAAAGAAGAGUGGAAACUACUUUUUCUUGGAUGAUUAGAGUGAAUCUGAGAAUAUUGAUAAGCCAUUUAUUAAAAGAAACAUUUACUGGGAUUUUUGUCGAAUAAAACUUAGAUCAGGUUUUAUGCCCCACAUGCUCUGGAGAUUGAAGUAUAAUUUACUUACUGUAACAUAAAGCCAGUUAGUUGUGUUUUAAAUUGUAGUCUGAAUACAGCAAAUGCCACUUUUCUGUUCUUGAUGAUAAGGCCCUUUUUGUGCAUAACAUUCUAAUAUGAAGACAUUUCAGGCUAUACAAAUUACCUCCAAGUUUUCAUGAUGUAUGGGGAAGAUAUUCAGUAGGUGUAUUGUAUAUUCAUGUACCAAAUGCUGAGCAGUGUUGCCCCCUUUUAAAAAUCUUGUAAAAAGUUUCUGUACUUACAUGGUUUGCCAAGUAUGCCACUAUAAUGAAACUUAUUUUAAAAACCGGUCAAUGACGCCACUGAUGAAAUUUGAUAAAUAAACAUCAGGAUUAUAUAUAUUUGUUUUCAGUCUUUGCAUUAAAUUGUCAGUGUGUUUAGACUUCCAAAGGUAUAUUAUCUACUACAGAACACCACUGCUGGGAAAAGACUAUUACCAACUUAAGCAUUGUUGACAAUGUUUUUGGUGCUUUUGAAUAUCUUUAGCAAAAAAAUCAUUUCAACACCCCCCCCCAAAAAAAAAAAUCCUAACUUUACUCUGAAUUAGAUGUAGCAUUUCAUAAGAUUCUAUAUUCUGUAGUUAUUCUCAAGGUAAUGUCAUUCGAUAAACAUACCUUUAUGUAAUCACUGAUCAAGAUUUUAGAAAAAGCAUUUUAAAGAAUAUUUGUUUCCCUUAAAAAUACAGUACAGGUUCAAAAUCUUUAGAGUUGGUCCCUAAGCCUAAGCAUCUGUGUAUUUUUAAACUUCCACAGAUUUCUGAUGGGCAGCCAAGGACUGUGAGCCACUUACCUAAAGGCAACAUUAACGCAAAGCGGUCCCCAGAUAGCAAUACAGAGUACCCCUUGGUACCAAAUAUAUUCAUUUCCAGGUUUGGAUGUAAAGGAUAUUAUCUAUUUGACUUUUUUUCUUAGUUUUGGAUAGUGUGUAGCAGGAGUUCUAAAGACUUAUCCAAAUUUCUUGAACAGUGGGAUACCUGUAGUGUGAAACCACUUUCAAUUAUACUUCUGCCUAAUGCACUGAGCUGGAACUAACUUAUACUACAAGUGAGGAAAAGAGUUUAGGAAAAUUAGAAAUUAUUAAACGAAAUUUAGAGCUUCUUGAAACAAUAGAAGCUUUAAUAUGCAAACAGUGGAUAGAACGUAUGGUUUAACUAAGCCCCAUUAGGCCUUUUAAAAAUGUUGCUUUGUCUGAGUAAUCCAUAAAUACAUGUUUAUUGUGAAAUUUUCAAAUAUUACAGAAAUAUAUGGAAUAGAGUUACGAUUUCCCUUUAUUUUACCCUCCCAAAUGUUACCAGUGUUUAUGUUUAAUAAUAUAUAUCCUUUCAUGCUUUUUUUCUGUGCACUUAACUGUGAAUAUGUAAAGAGUUUGUUUUGUACAUAUAUGGGAUUAUACUAAAAUAAGUAUUGCCUAUUUUUAAAGAUAGGUUAAAUUUGUGAGUCAUUAUUUCAAAUGUAUUGAAUAAAAUAAGAUAAAAGCUAU